AAUUAUACACGUUUACGUUGCCUUCCCUCUUAUCCAUGAAUCACACGUAAAGAUACGGAACUCUACAGAGAGCAAAGCAAUAUACUCUUCCAUUUGGGAGCAUGGAUCUCACUUGGCAUCUUAUUGCACUGUCACUAGUGUUCUGCGUUGGAAACGUAGACAUAGGAUGCUACAGGUCUGAUGUUGGCUUAUUUUGCAAUGGCCAACAGCAGGCUGAAUGGUGGUGCCGCACUGUCAUGACCAUGCUGCAAGGUACUUCCUCAAGCCACUUCAAGCGGUAUUGGCCAUACUGUUGGUGCCCGCAAACGUCGUCAACUAUGUCGCCCGCUGUGUCGUCAACUGCGUCACCAAAAAAGCGACCAACUGACGAUCCACCUGUAGCACGCCCAGGCGUUUGCAAUCAAGAAGGAACUUACUGUCGGCCAAUAUAUAAUGUCUCUGAUAUCUACAAUACGAUUCCAGGGAUUUUUGUCACCCGGGAAACCUUAGCUGAAUCGGACAUUGCCAAGUACGGCACAAAGUUGCCUAUCUUGUCCAUGUCUAGGGAAAGUCUUGGUCUGACGACUGGCUAUAUCAAAGUGGUUCCUAUAAGGAAACGCAAACGACGAGCUGGUGGUGGUGGGCUAGUCAGCGACAGAAAUAGAUGCUGUGAAGGUUUUAGCUUCUACCAUUGUCCUGGUGAUGACGAUACUGUAACAGAAGUUGUCGGCGGCCAAGACAUCGUAUGGCGGCCAAUGCAGUCAAAACCUGACUGUACUGGAGAAUAUAUCCAGGUCGUGCAAGUGAAAGCUUGCAGUCCCAGCAGCUGUAAUCAAGGGACGACAUCACCGGGAAACUGUGAAGCCGAAUUCCACAAUCACGCCGUCCUGAUGACAUGCAAUCCCAAGUGCCCUCAGAAUGUACCAGAGUUGAAAUUCCAGUUUCUGAGUUACCCCUCUGCUUGUCUUUGCCUCAAUACGUAAUUACGACACACGGUAGUACAUGCAGACCACCGGAUACCAAAAUUAAUAGUAGAUGAGGACAAUACUCUGAUAUUUCUUAAAUUGUACAUGUAGUCUCACUGCUUGUCCCAAAGUGCUCAGAACGCUGCUGGAAACAUUAGGAGCUCAUUUAGGCUGUAGAAUCUGAACAAGGGCUCGGGCGUGGCUUAAAUUAUGUGUUUGCUAGCACUUUUAUCGAGAUAAUUGCCUAACUGCACACGUAUAAUGCACCAAUUUCUUGAAUGAACAUCGUACAUCGAUCGAUCGUUCGAAUGAACAUCAUUAAUGACGUCGCUAUGCUCACACCCCCGCAGGCAACACUUGGAGUACAUUUCAAAUAGGCCAUAAAAUCUGAACAAUGGACGUGGCUUAAACUACACACUGGGCAAAAAGGUUGUCCCACCACUAAUUCCAUGUGCUUUUUUUUUUACGAAUUAUCACAAGUGUAAAUUGUUAUAAACAGUGCUUUUUAUUCCAGAUACCAUGUCUGGCAUGCUCAUUGGUACAGGAAAUACAAAACUGGGGUGAAGAUAUCCAUAUUUUAUACCACUUAUUCAAAUUUAUAAAAAAUACAUGUACCCCCUCAAACCCAACUGAGGAGCUAUGGCAUGGACUGGAGACACGUGACCUUUAAGAAGCACAUCCUAAUGCUUAUUGUGUGUAAAUUUGGUGACAUUUGGUGGUGUCAUUUCAAUUUAUUGAACAUUUUUUACCUCUGUGGAAACCACAGUGAAACAUCGGAUUUGAGGGGGUACAUGCUAUAAAUUUGAACAAUUGGCAUGAGAAAUGGAUAUCUUGACCCCUAUUUGUGUUUUUACUGUACCGUUAAACAUGUUAGAUAAUUAAAUGCAUGGGCAGAGAAAAAUGAAAUCAUUAAUGAGGUGCAAGCAGGUUUUCGAAAAUCUUAUUCAACAUCGAUAAUAUAUUUAUUUUAGAUACACUUAUACGUAAAUAUUUAUCAAAAA